CUCCAACACUGUGGCGCGCGCAGAGAUCUCCUCUCCUCUCCUGUGUCCUUCCCCGUGAGACGAGGAGAGCCCUCCCUCGAUCACGAGUUUUACCUCCUCCUUUGAAAUGCCUCCCCUCUCCGCAGCUCCUUCAAAUCCCCCUAUAUUACGCUGCUGGCUCGGCAGCAUGAAGUGUGGCAGCAACACCAAUCCCCGCCCAUGGCCGUCAUUGCCUCCUUCCUGUUCUUGUUCCUUUGGUGCUCGGUUCCCCUCGAUGCCCACGGCUUCCAUACCUACAUUGUCCAACUCCACCCGCAUUCCAUCCCCGCUAGUGCUUCGGCUACCGGUCUGCAGAAUAAGCUCCAUUGGCACCUGUCCUUCCUGGAUAGAGCAACGUUCUUGGAAGGAGGAGGGGAUGCUUCUUCUCGGCUCCUGUACUCGUACCACUCUGCGCUCGAAGGCUUCGCGGCACGGCUUACUGAAGAUGAGGUGGCCGCGCUGCGAGCAUUGCCCGGCGUCAUCGCGGUUCGUCCCGACAGUCGGCUUGAGCUGCACACGACGUACUCUUACACUUUCUUGGGGUUGAACUUCGCGCCCGGUGGUGCCUGGUCGCGGUCCAGAUUCGGGCAGGGGACCAUCAUCGGAGUGCUCGAUACCGGAGUGUGGCCGGAGAGCCCCAGCUUCCGCGACGACAGGAUGCCGCCGGUGCCAACCCGGUGGAGAGGCGUCUGCCAGGAGGGGGAGCACUUCAAUUCCUCGAACUGCAACCGGAAGUUGAUCGGUGCCCGGUUCUACGCCAAAGGACACAGGAUCAACUACCCGGAGAAGUCGUCGUCGGUGUCUUUACUGGAGUACGUGUCGCCGCGGGACGCGCAUGGGCAUGGCACCCACACGUCGUCCACGGCGGCCGGCGCUGCAGUGCCGGGAGCAAGCGUGCUUGGCCUCGGCGCAGGCGAGGCUCGGGGGAUGGCCCCGGGCGCCCACAUCGCCGCCUACAAGGUCUGCUGGUUCAACGGGUGCUACAGCUCCGACAUCCUCGCGGGGAUGGACGACGCCAUCAGGGACGGCGUCGACGUCCUCUCCCUCUCCCUCGGCGGCUUCCCGAUCCCACUCUUCGAGGACAGCAUCGCCAUCGGAAGUUUCCGGGCGACCGAGAGGGGCGUCGUCGUGGUCUGCGCGGCCGGUAACAACGGGCCGGUGCCGAGCUCCGUCGCCAACGAGGCUCCCUGGAUCACGACGGUCGGCGCGAGCACGCUGGACCGGCGGUUCCCGGCCUUCGUCCGUCUGGGCAACGGCCGCAUCCUCUACGGCGAGUCCAUGUUCCCGGGAAACCACUUUUCGAAAAAUGGCGGGAAGGAGCUUGAGCUCAUCUACGAGGCCGGUGGACAGAAGGGCGCCGAGUUCUGCCUCAAGGGAUCCCUUUCCAAGGCACGAAUCAGCGGGAAGAUGGUGGUCUGCGACCGAGGAGUCAAUGGGAGGGCAGAGAAGGGCGAAGCCGUGAAAGAAGCCGGCGGUGCCGCCAUGGUGCUGGCCAACUCCGAGAUAAACCAGCAGGAGGACUCCGUCGACGUCCACGUCCUGCCGGCCACCUUGAUAGGCUACGCGCAGUCCACGAUUCUGAAGAGCUACAUGAACUCCACCUUUCGUCCGGUGGCUAAACUCGUCUACGGAGGGACGAGGAUCCGGCGAUCGAGGGCGCCGGCGGUCGCUCUGUUCUCGUCGCGAGGGCCAAGCCUGACGAACCCGUCCGUCCUCAAGCCGGACUUGAUCGCCCCGGGGGUGAACAUCAUCGCGGCCUGGCCGAGCAACGUCGGCCCAUCCGGGCUUCAGGAAGACCGGCGGAAGUCCAACUUCACGGUGCUGUCAGGGACCUCCAUGGCAUGCCCUCACGCCAGCGGCAUCGCCGCCCUGGUCCGGUCGGCCCACCCAUCCUGGAGCCCGGCUGCGAUCCGGUCGGCCAUGAUGACCACCGCCGACGUCGUGGACCACCUCGGGAAGCCCAUAAUGGACGGGAAAGAACCAGCGGGGGUCUUCUCCGUGGGCGCCGGCCACGUCAAUCCGGCGAGAGCCGUCGACCCGGGGCUGGUGUACGACGUCCAGCCGGAGGACUACAUCGCCCACAUCUGUUCUCUCGGCUACAACCAGGCCGAGAUCUUCACCAUCACUCACAGGAACAUCAGCUGCGGCAAGCUGCUGAAGGGACAGAAACAAUUCAACCUCAACUAUCCUUCCAUAUCGGUGAGCUUCACGCAGGGAAGAACAUCGACGACGAUCCAAAGGAAGCUUACCAACGUCGGUCUUCCUGAUUCCAUCUACACGGUGCAGGUGACUGCACCACCAGGAGUAACAGUGACAGUGACACCAAAGAUCUUAGCAUUUGGAGGAAUCAACGAGAUCAAGAGCUACACAGUCGUGUUCGAAUCGAAGAAGGGAGUGCAGGAGGAGGGCAGUGUUGCAGGGGGGCAACUGAUGUGGGUGCACAGUGGCCGAAAGAAGUACAAGGUGAGAAGCCCAAUCUCUGUAACAUGGGGAGCAUGACGACAGGGUAGCUUCUAACUUUGUAAGCAUUGUUUCAGAUACAAUCUGAAAGGACUGCAGCAAAUAGGAUAACACUUCUUUAUUACUGUAUAAAGAAGAGACAUGUCCUUGUAUCAAGAUCUAUAGAUGAUCAAGAGCAGGCAGCAGACACAGUAGAUUUUUCAUCCAAAUUACACAGCUUCUUCUAAGAUUUUAACU